UUCAAGUACCUCUAUAAAUAUCUCCCGUCUGCAUUUUCCCUUUCUUCUCAGAGGCCACUCAUUUCCCCUUCGUUCUUCUCGCUGUAUCUAAAGGCUCGCGGUUCCUAAUCUUGGUAAGAUGGGUCCUGGUCUCUACUCGGAGAUCGGCAAGAAGGCUAGAGAUCUUCUGUACAAGGAUUUUUUAACCGAUCAGAAGUUCUCUGUCACGACCUACACGGCAAAUGGAGUAGUCAUAACCGCCACAGGGACAAAGAAAAAUGAUUUCAUCUUGGGUGAGUUACAGUCACAGCUGAAGAGCAAGAAUGUCACUGUCGAUUUGAAAGCCAACUCAGAAUCCAAUGUUUUGACUACAUUUACCAUUGAUGAACUUGCGACUCCUGGUUUAAAAACAAUCAUCAGUUUUGUUUUACCAGACCAGAAAUCUGGCAAGGUUGAGCUACAGUACCUGCAUGAUUAUACUGGUAUUAGUGCCAGUCUGGGCUUGACUGCCAACCCUGUUGUUAACUUUUCUGGAUCAAUCGGCUCAAAUAAACUAGCCGUUGGUGCUGAUGUAUCACUGGAUACAGCUACUGGAAACUUCACCAAGUACAACGCUGCUCUGAACCUCACCAAUGAAGACCUUAUUGCUUCUUUAAUCCUUAGCGACAAAGGAGAUAAUCUGACUGCUUCCUAUUACCAUCUCGUGAGCCCACUCACAAGCACUGCAGUUGGGGCAGAGUUAACUCACAGCUUUUCUUCCAAUGAGAACACUCUAACCUUUGGGACUCAGCAUGCGUUGGAUCCCAUUACUACAAUCAAGGCCCGCUUCAACAACUAUGGCAAGGCCAGCGCUUUAAUCCAGCACCAAUGGAGGCCCAAAUCGUUGAUAACCCUCUCUGCUGAGGUCGACACAAAGGCCAUUGAGAAAAGCUCUAAGGUCGGUCUUUCCCUUCUACUUAAGCCUUGAGAAAUUUCUUGUCAAUUUUCAAUGUUGUUGCACCACUGGUUGGUUCCUGCUGUUGUCUUGAAUAUAAUUAUUUAUUUGGAAUAGAACAACAAGGGCUUCUGUUUUAUGUUUAAUUUUUAUUUUUGAAAUUGUUUUCAGCA